AUGGCAACGGCGCUUCUGACGAACCGUACGUAUCCAGAUGGAGCAAGGCGCCGUACUCUCUGUAGCUUCAUCCGCUCCCACCGCAGCUGCAUCACCGCUGGCAUUGCCGUGCUGAUCGCUGUGGGACUUGCCCCUCUGACGUUCAUCAAUAAAGAGCGCGACCGAGACGACUUCCACCAACUGUCUACCACAGUUGACGCCUUAAAGCGCGACCUGGACAGCGAGCGCAGUCGAGUCACCGCCUUGGAGCAGCGUCUUCAAGAAAUGCGCUACACAGAGUUCCGUGGAAUCUGCUACAAGGCAUUCAACACCAAAAAGACCUUCAGCGGAGCGGCCGCGGCCUGUGGUGAAGACGGCGGCACCCUCGCCAUGCCCAAAGACGCUGAGACCGACGCCUUCCUGGUCUCCUUGCGCAAGUCCGUGAGCGACAGUGGUCUCUUCUGUACGGUCAUGUACGAGCAAGCAGAGCCGGUUCAGUCCCCUCUCUCUCGCCCUGACAGCGGUCAAACAAGCGGGCCGCCGCCCCAACCCCCUGGGCCUCCUGUCCAUCAAGGUGGUUCCCUCGGGCGUGUCCGCCAUGGCAACGGCCCUUCUGACAAGUUGAAAGAAGACCAAGAAGCGUCUUCACACACGUACGAAGAAGCCGAGGUGGUGAAAGGUCACGCAACGUGCACGUCAGCAGCAUUUUGUCCUAAAGGGUACACAGCUUGGAACGGAAUCUGCUACAAGGCCUUCAAUACAGGUAAGACCUUCAGCGAUGCGGCCGCGGCCUGUGGCGAAGACGGCGGUACCCUCGCCAUGCCCCGAGACGCCGAGACCAACACCUUCCUGAUCUCCCUGCACAAUGCCGUGAGCGAAAAGUGGGGCUUCUGGUUCGGCCUCCACGAUCGGCGCGAAGAGGGGAGCUUUGAGUGGAUGGAUGGUUCUGCACUUGGGACCUACAGCUCUUGGGGUCCGGGAGAACCGAACAACGGUCGGGGGGAACAACAUUGCGUUGGUUACUCCGCAGUCCCACACUGGAAGGACAAGUGGGUCGACAUCUCAUGCGACUGGCAGUUUUGCUACAUAUGCCAGACUGUUCCAGGACGUCCCUAG